AUGGAUAACAUUUUUAGUGGCUCAAGUGGGCACCCUGGCGAAUCUGAAGAAAUGUUUGGGGCAGAUCGAUGGGCUUUUGGUUAUUCUACUACUUUGCAAUCUCUGGAUGUUCAUCCAGACCCCCAGUUCAACAUGCAUGGCUCCUCCCAGAUGUCUGGCCCACCUAUGAAUGGGCAACCUAGUCAGGGGUUCUCCAUUGACAACAACCAUGUGUCUCAGGACGCUCCAACAUUGAAAGCACAGAGGCCCCAAAAAAAGGGAAAAGUGGCUAGGAGAGGAACUGCAUUCACCAACGAGGAGGACAUUGUGGUGUGUUCGGCAUUUCUGAAUAUUAGCAAAGACCUUAUUACUGGUGUGAAUCAGACUUCGGGUGGUUAUUACAAGAGGAUGCAUGAUUAUUUCAAUGAGCAUAAGCCUGAAGGGUCCAACCGUAGCCAGAUUGCGAUUCAACAUAGGUGGGCAUUGAUCCAAAGAGCGAUGAACAAGUUCUGUGGGCUCAAAGAAUCUAUUGAUAGGCUGAAUGAGAGCGGAAAAAUGAGCAGGAUCGGCUUGCUUUGUUUUACUUUCUAUAUAAUAGAUGAUGCUGUAAAAAUGUACGAGAGGACAAAAUCUUUUACCAUCAUGCAUUGCUGGAAAAAACUUCAUAAGGAGGCCAAAUGGAACAAUAAGUUUCUUGAGCUAAACAACUCUACAUCACCUGAUGUAAUGCCAUCUCCUGCAACUCAAGGCCAUGCAGAAUCUGGGAAUGACAAUAUAGACACAUCACGGCCUGAGGGCAGGGAUAGUGCGAAGAGGCCUAGAUCAAAGAGCUUCGUAGAGACCUCAUCAUCCAGUACGGCUGUUGAAGUCCUGCAGCGGUUGCAGGAGAAAUCAGAGAAGACCGAACAGAAGCAAGACCAACAAAUGGCUGAAAUCCUUAGCAGGAAGGAUGAAAAAAUUAAGAUUCAAAUGGAUCUUUUCAACCUUCAGAAGAAGCAUAUGAAGAUGAGUAUGCAACAGCAAAAGAAGGAAAAUAAGAUUAGGGAGAAGGAAUCAGAGGCUCAACUGAUCACAGCUGAGGCUAGUAUUAUGUCGGUUGACAUUGAGAAGGUCCCCGCUUAUCUGAAAAACUAUUAUCUUGGCAUGCAGCGGAAAAUCAUGGAGAGCAGAGGGUUCAUCAGCCCCUCGAACAAUGAAGACUAA